CUCGCCGCUCCUGCCAUGGGGUUGAAGUCUGCCCGUUCCCCCAAAGGCCAGGAGAGUGCACGUUCCUGCACCCUGGGUCUAAUUUCAGCCAGGAGAGGGACUUUUGCAGCUCAGCCAGGCAGGGAGGCGGGACUGGCGACUGCAUGGGAGUGGGGCCACAGCCCAGCCUGGGACCCACCUGGGGAAUGGGUGGCGGUACCUCCCCAGGUUGUGCUACGAGCCAAGGACUGGCUGCCAGGAGCUCCUGGGGGCACCGCAGUGUGGGCCACCAGCUUGGAAGCAGAGGUCCCACCAGAUCUAGCGCUCAAUAAGGAGCAGCAGCUGCAGAUCUCCAAGGAGCUGGUCGACAUUCAGAUCACAACCCACCACCUACAUGAGCAGCACGAGGCUGAAAUCUUCCAGCUGAAGAGUGAGGUGAGCAGCAGUGAGAACCAGCCUCAGUGCACGGGGGACGGGGGGUGCAGGCCCAGGACACGUGCCCUGCAUGGGCAUGCACACGCACGUGGCAUCUGUGGGUCUUGGCCUGCCUCUAAGUGCUGCGCGCCCCUGAGCGUGCGCCGGGUGAAUGUUCACCUACCCCAGGUGGCCCGCGGGCAGGUGCACCUGCUCAUGCCAGUUGUCCCACAGAUCCUUCGGCUGGAGAGCCGGGUACUGGAGCUGGAGCUGCGAGGAGAUGGCACCAGCCAGGGCUGUGCAGUCCCAGUGGAGUCUGACCCCAGGCACCCCCGGGCAGCAGCCCAAGAGCUCAGACACAAAGCCCAGGUGCCUGGACACUCUGAUGACCACAGAUUCCAGGUGCAGCCCAAGAACACCAUGAAUCCCGAGAAUGAGCAGCACAGGCUGGGGAGCGGCCUGCAGGGGGAAGUGAAGCGGGUGCUGGAGCGUCAGGAGGCCUGGCAGCAGGCACUGGUGACGCGUGUGGCAACCCUGGGCCGGCAGCUGCAGGGAGCCCGAGAGGAGGCCAGGGCAGCCGGGCAGCGACUGGCCACACAGGCUGUGGUGCUGUGCAGCUGCCAAGGCCAGCUCCGUCAGGCAGAGGCCGAAAAUGCCCGGCUGCAGCUGCAGCUCAAGAAACUGAAGGAUGAGUACGUCCUACGGCUUCAGCACUGCGCCCGGCAGGCAGUGGAGCACGCAGAUGGUGCAGGCCAAGCACCAGCCACCACGGCCCUCCGGACAUUCCUGGAGGCGACUCUGGAGGACAUCCGGGCAGCGCACCGCAGCCGUGAGCAGCAGCUGGCCCGGGCUGCCCGCAGCUACCACAAGAGGCUGGUGGAUCUGAGCCGCAGGCAUGAGGAGCUGCUGGUUGCCUACAGGGCACCUGGGAACCCCCAAGCUAUUUUUGACAUAGCCAGCUUGGACCUGGAACCAUUGCCCGUGCCCCUGGUCACUGACUUCAGCCAUCGGGAGGACCAGCACGGCGGGCCUGGGGCACUGCUCUCAUCCCCAAAAAAGAGACCCGGUGGAGCCUCCCAGGGGGGAACGUCAGAGCCACAGGGCCUGGACGCUGCAUCCUGGGCCCAGAUCCACCAGAAGCUCCGGGACUUCUCCCGCAGCACCCAGGUAGGAGGCAAGGGCUGGCCCAGGCCCCUCCUCACACCAUGCCCUAGCUCAUGGCUUACAUCCCCAUGCCAGGCAGAGCUGGAACGGGAGCGGGCACAGCUGCUGGUCCGGGCCACGAUGGCUGAAGAGCAACUUUCUGAGCUACAGGAGUACGUGGACCAGCACCUGGGCAGGUACAAGCACGAAAUCCUGAGGCUGAGGAAGCUGGCAGGUGCAGGGGACCCCUGGAAAGUGGGGGCUGUGCCUCCAGCCAAGCCCCAGCAUCCAAGGACCGGCAGCCACUAGGCCGUCUCCCAAGGAGCAGAGCAGAGCCCGUCAGCCAGCACAGAACCCUCCCACCCAGCCCCCCAUAAAACAUGAGUCAGGAUAGAACCCA